AUGGCCCUUAGGCCUGUACAAGCCUCCCUCCUGGGUGGCUCCGUUGCAUCCCUUCUUUUCAGGGCGGCCGAGGACUUCAUCCCUUCUGUCUUCGAACCUCCAGGUUCCGUGCCAUUCGUGUGCCCGGCCUUGGAUUUGCCGGAGGGCUUGCAUUGGCCUUCUCUUUGCAUCGGGGUCCUAAGCGGAUCGCUGCGCUGCGGCCCAGGGCCGGACCUUUGUACCGGGUUCUGUGACUGCAUGAGUGCACCAGAGCCUGCCUUGCUCCAGCUUGUCGUCACUGUUCGGGACUUGGCAACCGAGGUCAGGAGGCUCAGCUCCGAGCUUCGAGCUUUGCAGGUGUUGGUUUCUGAGAGAUUGGGGCCUGUAAGCCCAAGGCACCGCCAGCCGCGCAUCCCCGAGGGAAGCCCUCACCCGUGGAAUCCCACAGAGGUCCGAGAGGGGCCCCUUGCAUCUCCCGGCCCUGCACAGGCUUCGCCUUCCGCUACUGCGGCUUCUGCUCCUUACGUUGAUCCCGGACCUUCGGGACGAGGCCUCACCGAGGAGGAGCGGAGGGACAUUGCUAAGAGAGUGGGGCAGUGGUUCUGUCGGUGCCUUGCCGGGCAGCAUCGUGGGCUUAGCGGUCGUGAGGAAAAUCCUUUGGCAAACAGGGUGUACCUUGUGCUUCGGGAUCACAGCGGGAGACGUUACGAUCCUCCCUUGCUUGCCCGCUCCUUCGAGAGCAUCAAGAAGCUGGUGAAGCCAGCCGGCUUCGUUGCAGAGCAGGCCGAAGAGGAAAGCCCCGAAGUUCGUCCCCGAGAGCUUCGGUUUGCUUACGUUGGCGGGGAAGCCAAUUUUGAGUAUGAGGUUGGUGCUUUAGCCGUUGGAGACGGCGAUUCUCGUCGCACCAUAGCAGUUAUCCUUGUGGUCCCCUUUGAAGGCAGGACCCUUGCAGUUUUUCCUCAGAAAGCUUGGGAUAAGAAAGUCAGCAAGCGUAAGCUGCCUUCUGGACCCUUCAGCAAACCCAUGCUUGUGGAAGUAGUUUGUGCAUCCCCGACGGACCGCUCUGUCGUGGGAACCGAGCCUGCCAUCAAAGUUUGGAUAGGGUUGUUAGCCGCGAGCCUGGCCGACCAGGUUACCUUUGAGUCCGGCGAGCUCCCCGACAUCUCUUUUGCCACUUCGUCGAAGGCGGGGCUCCCUUUUGCUGAAGCCCUGGUCGACUUAGCUGAGACCCAUUUUGGGUUCCAUAGUGCCCUUAGCGCCGCCGCCGGGGGAGACGUGUACGAGCAGAGGUUCCGUGCCCUUGAAGCCAGCAUAGCUCGCAUCGCCGAAAGUGUUGGAAAGCUUGCUGGCUCUCCUGAGCCGGGCGGGCGCGGGGCUCUCGAUGACUAUCCAGGUGUAGGCGACGGGGAUCACGCUGAGGGCGUUGGGAGCCUUCCACCCCUCAGCGGAGGCGAGGACGAUUUGCCAGACGAAGCCUCCGGUGCACCGGCCAUGGAGCGUGCAGUCCUGGCCCUUACGAAUAUCAUGAAGCAGAUUGUGGAUAAAAAGAAGACCGGACAGCCAGCUUCCACGCUCGAUGCCGCCUUGGACCAAGCUGAGAACAGCGCAGGGUCGGAUCUCUUUGGCUUGGGCUCUGGGACUGGAGGCCGCUCCAAAGCUGCUGCGUAUCGUUUGCUUCGGGAGAGUUUGGAACGCUCCCCAGAGUUGAUUUAUCAAGAGAUUGAGCGGCUCAUGGACGAGGACCUCCUCUCCAGAAGGGCUGUGGGAUCGUUGUCAUCCGCUCAGAGCUCAGCCCGAGCUUGGAUCGAAUUUCGGUCCAGAGUCGGAUUCUUCCCGACGACGAUCCGAGUGCUGUGGUGCUUGGGAGGAAUCUUAGAUUGCCUCCGGGAUGAUCGAGUUGCCGAGGCGCGGGCACGCACGUGCUUAGCGAUCGCGGCGGUGGACCAGCAGUGCAUCGAUGCUGGGGGAUGGGUAUAUGCCCAAGAAAUCCUUUUUGAGAGUCCGCCGCCCUUGGGGUCGUUCCAAGGACGAAAAGUCUUGUUGGACCCUUUGGAGUCCUACCACACCCGCCUCCUCAGCAGCCGGUGGUCUGACGUCCUGCUCCACAGAGUCAAGGAGAUGGAGACUUUCCUGGAGGCCAAACGCAAGCUUGGUCGUGGUCGUGGUUCCGAAGCUUCUGUUCCCAAAGGUGGUGAGGAGGAGGUCCUUCCUCCCGGUGGUCGUGGAGGCCGUCGGGUUCCAAAGAAUGGUGCGCUCUCGGCCCAUUUUGCCUCUGGCUGCUCUGGCCCUUCCUUUGUGAAUCGGGCUUUCUUUCGUUCUUCUUUGGCGGAGGUAGGCUCCAGGUGUGCCGACGUUGCCCGCUGCAAUGCCAAGGCCCUUCAUGUUACGGCCACCGUGUUGGACAGCCUCCUUGCCUCGCCUUUUCACCGCGUUUGUCGAGGUGCCGUCACCUCUCCCUUCGCGGGCAGCCCUGCAAAUGUUGAUGCUCAGGUUGUUCGCCGAUGCUGGCGACGUUUGAGCGAUCGUCUUCGAGAGUGGGACCUCUUCCCGCCUGUUACCCGCCAGGACUUAGGCCGCGCUGCUGGCAAGGUUGAGAAAAUCGAGGAGCAGAUAGGGAUUCUUCAGGAGGACCGUGGCGCUGCCGGCCCCGGCCUCCCUAACCUGGCUUUGGCCCAGGACGUCGUUGCUUCGAGGAUCUCCUUCACUGGCGUACCAGAGUUCGACCCUUGUCCGUACUUGGACGACCAGUUGCGAGACCUUUAUGUGCGACCGAAGGACUUCUCUUGUAAGCUUGACCUUCUCGCCCUCUUGGAUUCUGGUGAGCGCUUGGCCCUGCGGCCAGCUUCGCAGAACACCGCCCAAGGAUGCUGCGGAGUCUUCUCAGUUCCCAAAAGUGCGAGCCGGGACCGCCUCAUAAUCGAUGCGAGACCAGGCAAUGCGGUCCAGACUGGCGACAACCGGUGGCUUGUUUUGAUGCCGACUUCCGCUGCGCUGCUCGGCAUCGAGCUUGAGGAAGCCGAGGUCGCCACGUUCUCUGGGGCUGACAUAAAGGAGUUUUAUCAUAACUUCCUUGUGUCUGAGCAACGAGCUUCUCUUUACACCUUUCAAGGCACCUUUGCUCCUGCCGACUUGGCUUGCCUCCGCAGCUUUGAGGCGAAGCUUCUGAAGUGCAGUCGAGUCGCCGCUUCUCUCCGGACUAUGGCGAUGGGAGACAUCAACUCUGUUUCCUUCGGGCAAGCUUCGCACAUUGGGCUAAUGUUGGCUUUCGGGGUCAUAGGUCCAGAGAAGCUGCUCACUUUGCGCGGCCGGUUUCCUCGCGGCGACCUAGCCUUAGGCAUAGUCAUCGACGACCUCGUCUGCAUCGAGAAGUCUUUGCGUAGCCUCGGGCCCAGGAAAGCCAAGGGAGUCAUGGAGAAGGUGCACCUUGCUUACAAGCAGGCUCCUCUCCCUGUGCAUCAAGGGAAGUGCUUCAACGAUCUGCACCGUGCCAGCUUUUGGGGCUCCGAAGUCGACGGGCUUUGUGGGUGGGUCCGGCCUUCUUGGUCCCGUGUCAUCCCCCUCGUAUCCCUCACCAUCGCGUGCAUAAAGCUGCCGGUCCUUAGCGUGAGUCUUUUAGAGGUUUUAGCGGGUUCCUGGAUAGCUGUUGUGUCAUACCGACGCAGGCUCAUGAGCCUCCUUAACCACAUCUACUUGAUUCAGCGGGGCAGAAGCAGAAAGGAUGUUGUGAGGAGCACGCCGGGGCUUCGGGCCGAACUCUUUGCUUUGUGUGCCCUUGCUCCUUUCGUUGUGUGCGACAUGCGAGCCUGCUCUUCAGGGCUUCUGGUCUGCACCGACGCCUCAGACCUCGUUGGGGCUGGCGCAGUUGCUGAGGUUGGUCGCGUUUGGGGCAAGGAAUUGCACCGCCACGCCCUUUGCAAAGGUCUUUGGAACCGACUCUUACGCCCCAGCGAGUGCCUUCUCCGGCGCGCCGGUGCCUUGGAGGCAGAAUCCGAAUUGCCCGGAGAGUCCUUUCGGACACACGCGCUCUGGAGCUCCCUCUGCCGGUUUCUUAGUUUCAGGGUCUUAGGAUUCUUCAAGAGACGUGGCACCUCGCACAUAAACCUCAAAGAGGCCGAGAGCUACUUGGCCGUUGAAGAGCAUUUGGCCGCAGGGGUUUGGGAAAGCUCCAGGACCUUGGCCCUGUUGGAUUCGCAGGUGGUUUUAGGCUCACUGCUGAAGGGACGAUCGAGCUCGCCGUUGCUCAACGUGCUUUUGCAGGGCUCUGUGCCCGCCUUCAUCUUUUUCAAUGUUCAUCCCUCCUACAGCUUCGUAGCUUCGGAGGACAAUCCCUCGGACGACCCGAGCCGACUCAGGCCUAUUCGUUCGCCGACUGCACCCCCUACGGCCUUCUGCCCGAGCAGCUUCAAGGGUUACCUGAACUCCUCGCUUCUUUUGCAGCUCGCAGCCGAGAUCCUUUGCCUACUAGAGCCUCUCGUCGAGAACACUCCGGGGGCCAAAGCGAAGACCAAUCGCAGGGGGGCUCUGCUGUUUCGGGUUGCAGUAAGGAUGAGAGUGUUGCUCCUGCCUUUGGCGGCUGAUGUGGCGGCCUGGACGUCGGCCUACGCCCCGGAUCACCCGUGGGACCACGCUGUCCCGGGCCAGGCCAGCCUUGACACCGCGCUGGCGCGGCUCGUCCGCUCUGAGCACUGCAAGCUCGAAAAGACUCACAUUGUGAGCCUUUUCCUGGACUUGCGUGGCUUCUUCGACUCGGUGAGCUACGAGCACCUUCUCCUCCAAGGCCUCGCUCACCGUUUCCCUCCACUCCACCUUUGGUUCGCCCUCCAGGUUUACCAGGGCCUCCUGCGCAUGAUCGACCAAGUCCAGAACAUCCCUGCUCUUAGUUUCGAUUGGAGUUACAGCGAAAGCCAGGACUUAAGCUGCCCGGAGCUUCAGAAACAGUUGUUUGCAGCGGUUGCCUCCGAAAACCAGACUCUCGACUUCACCUGCACUUUUGCCUCCUUCCUCGCUGAUCUUCGUAUCCCCUUCUGGAUUUCCGGGCCUGCCUCUUCGCACAUGUGGAUUUAUCCUUCCGUCCUCGAGGUCGUCGGUCGUUUCCAGCCGCCCUACUUUUGGACUUUCGACCGCUGCCGUUUUUCUGAGCCAUGGCAAAAGCGCACUCGCGUUCUUCUGACCGCUGGGCUGGCAGGUGUGGAAACGUACUGCCUUGGAGGCCACUCUCACCAACGCCUCCGAGGACGUGGUGGAGCUUCUGGUCCGGACUGGACAAAAGCUGCUGGAGAGUGGCCGCGCGGAGCCGCCUUGGAACUGGCCCGGAGCCUGGCUGCACAGUGUGGGUCUAGUUCCGAGUCAGCUGAUACUUCGGCUUUCGUUGGACAUCUGCGGAUAGGCGAGGCGAAGAAUCCAGGACCGCCAAAGCGUGUGCCGCGGCGCGGUUCUCUGUUCGACGUUGAGCUGGUGGAGGCCGCAACGUUGCGAGUACGAGCUGAGAUCUGGUCAGUUUUUGUGGCUUGGCUUCGGGAGGGGCUAUCGGAGGGUGCCGUUCUCGGCAUCUUCCGAUGCCCCCCCUUGCUGGCUCUUAUGCUCAGAGACUACGGAGACGUGUUGUACCAGACUGGUUUCCCGCUCGGAGCUGCAACCCGUCUGCCACCGCACACCUCUGCCAGAAGCUGUCAUGCGAGCCAUGGUUGGAAUGGCCUACAGACUUGGGCAGCUACCACACUGGCCAUGUUUUACUUUAUCUGCAGGCCGGGGGAAGUCCUUCGGGGACUUCGACGCGACCUCCUCACUCCUGACGACAUCUUGGAGGCUGAUCACAGCUGGCUUUAUCUUCGGAUUCGAGGCCCGAAGACGAAGAGGCGAGGAGCAAAAAUUCAGCACGUGAAACUGGACGACUACAUUGCCAUGGAGAUUGCCCUGCUUGCUUGGGAGGGUCUGCCUAAGGGGCGACCUCUCUACCCUGGGAGCCCUUCUGCUUACCGCAGGCGAUGGGACGUUCUUCUUCGGGCUCUGGCCAUUCCGGCUGCGGCUGGGCUUACGCCAGCGUCGGUUCGCGCCGGUGGUGCUAUUACGGCUUUUCAGAGAGGCCUCGCUGUUCCAGAUCUUAUGUGGAGGAUGCGCUUGAAGUCUCAGGUGACACUUGAACAUUACCUGCAGGAGAUGGCUGGCUUUUCCGUGCUCCCCUCUUUGUCCAACGAGGCUCGCAGAAAAGUGAAAGUCGCCGGCUGCUUGUUCAAGGCCGUCGAGGAGAGGGCCAUUCACUUACGAGCGGCGCGCCUUGCGGCCUCAAGUGGUGUGGAGGUUGCCGCUGAGCUCUGCAAAAGAGAAGGCAGAACGACGGCAGAGCAUGACUUCAUCAUGCUUGCUGAGUUCGGUUCGACAGCCAAAGAGGUCGCACCGGUGGAGCGGGCCGCAGCGGAAGGAACCAUGGUGGCGGAGAUUCCCCCAGCAACAGAGGAAGAGGUCGUUCCCAUGUCAGCAGGGCUUCCCCCUUUCGGCUUGAUACAGGCUCCGACGCUGCCGGCGGCUGCUGCGGCAGCCGGCCCUUGCUUCAUCGGCGGAGUGCCGCAGGUGUCCAGACCAAUGCCGACGAUGAUGCCUGGAUUCGGCUUCCUUCCUCCCUCCAUGGGCCCAGAGGCGCUUCGCUCGAGACCACCAAUGCCGCAGGAACCCCCCCCACCGCCGCCACCCGCCACGGGCCAGCUUCGGACUACUUUGGAUGAUGCUGUUGACCGUCGACGACCAGUAACCCCGCCCAAGAAGGCUGAGAGCAAACUCGUUCCCAAGUGGUCGAAGGGCAAUGCAAAGGGCAGCGCCGAGGAGAUGCCGGAACCUGCCAUCGCGGCAACCACGUCGGCAUCGGACCCUGAGAAUGAGGAACCUGCCAUGGCCGCUACCACGUCGGCAUCGGACCCUGAGAAUGAGGAACCUGCCAUCGCCGCUACCACGGCGGCAUCGGACCCUCAGAAUGACGAGGAAAUCGUCUUCGUCCCCAAGAGCUUCUCGGAGGUGCAGAUGCCCUCAAAUAGCCUCUCGUUCGAACAGAUGCCGCCGUCCAAUUCGGACGGCCUGCUGGCGAAUCGUACUUUCAUGCGCGCAGUUGACGCGGCAAGAGCACAGGCGGCUCAACAGAAAGCGGAGGAAGCGGCAACUCGCUUGCCGGGCGGCGUUAAGCGGCAAGCACAGCUCUGUUUGAGCCAACUCUCCAUGGAGAAGCUUUACCAGGGUAAAAUUGUCAUAGCCUUCAAGUUGGGACUCCUUGUAGACAUCAACGCGGAUGUCUUGGGCUUGCUUCGCUGGAAGCAUGUGAAGGGGGUGCCCAGGAAACUCCUGAAAGAAGGGGGCAACUUGGCCAACCUUCGUGUCGAGAAGGUGCGAGGAGAAAGAUUUACUCUGCGCCUGGAGUGCAUCGGCCUCCCCGGCCAGACCUUCGAAGAGACCGAAUACCCGGACAUCGUCGCCCGGGUGUACGACUGGGCCAUCGCGCCAAAGCUGCUCGAUGUCUCAGUUUCCGAAGAAGAGACUACUCCGACAGCUGCACAGAAGCAGCGACUUGGGAGAAUGGGCCCGAGAAAUGUCGGGGACGGCGAGGGGCUCGCAAUCCGCGGGCCCGCGCCCUUUAAUGCCCGCCGCUUCCUUCGACCCGGCAAGUGCGGGCCACGCUACUCGGACCAGCCGUGA